UUCGAUCCUCACUCUCCGUCGUGACCAGUCGUGACGGCAAGGAACUCCGACGUUCCUUGCGAGAGUCUUGCCGAUCUUUGUAAAUCGAGUAUCGUAACGUAUCGUAUCGCAAUAAAGUGUAUAUCGGACUUUUAAAUAUCUGAGUCAAUCUUGACUUCCCGCCUGACUUUUCCUGUCCCUGCUGUCGUGAGUCGUGAACAUUAGGACCGUGGUAUUCUGGAACACGUGUCGCGAACCGGAGUGCACCGCCGUGUAAUUUGAUAAUCGUGUCAAAUCGAACUUUGCCAUACCGCGCAGAUCAAGAAAUCGGUCGAAGCCGUGUCGAAGUUUUCAGUAUAGAUAUCGGAAGACAAAAUUGUCGCGUGGCCUAUGAGCAUACCAGAGGGAGCGGUGCUACGCUUGAACCGCUUCGGAAAGUGGGCAAUGUGGAUUAGCAAUAGUCAUCGCUGGAGCUUUUCCAUGGAUCAAUUAUUUCACGAUCUUAUUCAUGAAUGUAAAUAUGUUGCACCAGGAGCACAACUCACUUAUACAUUGAGGAAUCGCAUUGAAAAACACAAGAGAGAAGUGCGUAAGGACAUUGUGUCUCGUGUGAAGGAUGGAUGCACUCCUUUGUUUAUCGCCUGCAAGAGGGGCCACGUAGAAAUUGUCGAUUACCUCAUAAAGAAAUGCGACGCGGACAUCGAACAAAGAGGAAAGUAUGAAGUACCAGACGACAGGUCGGUUCACUGUGUCACGCCGCUGUGGUGCGCCGCGGUAUCUGGAAAUUUGGAAGUUAUAAAAUGCCUUAUAUCCCACGGUGCUGAUGUCAAUGCAGUCUCCGAUUCUGGAUCCACUCCUGUUAGAUCCGCCUGCUUCAUGACACACAUGGAUAUUGUCUCUUAUUUAGUGGAAAACGGCGCUGAUAUAUUAAAAGCAAAUUAUAAUGGCGGAACGUGUUUGAUAAAUUCUGUACAAAGCGUGGAGUUAUGUACUUUCCUAUUAGAACAUGGCGCGGACGUGAAUGCCACUGACAUUCAGAACAAAACUGCCUUGCAUUAUGCCAUUCAAGAGCACAGACUUCAAACUACCAAACUGCUCUUAGAACAUAAUGCAGACCCUCAUCUUAGAUCUCGUUAUAAUGAUGAUGCCCUCCAGACUGCCUGCCUUAAAGGAGCCAUUCAAAUAUUUGAUUAUUUAGUGGAAAACGUAUCGUAUUCCGCGGAACGAUUGGCAGACGCAAACGAGCUGAUGGGAUCUACAUUUUUCGACGAUCACAAUGAUACACACAUGGCGUUGCAAUAUUGGAGGACGGCAAUGAUCCUCAGAAUGGUCAACUCGGAUGAUGGAGUGCCUUUGCCAAAGAGACCUGUAUUAUCAAAACGCGAAGCUUAUAAAAACGCCACGGAGUUUUCGAAUUUGGAUGAAUUAAGCGCUAUCUCACUCGAUUUAGAUGCAAUAAGAAUACAAAGCUUAUUGAUAUGCGAAAGGAUAUUAGGUUCACAUCAUAAGGAUACCCUCUUUCGGCUGAUGUUUAGGGGUGCGUCAUACGCGGAUGCGUUAAGAUAUCAGCAUUGUAUAGAUUUGUGGCUUCGUGCAUUAGAAAUUAGGGUAGAAAAGGAUUCGAUAUUGUAUGCGGAUACUUGCUUUACUGCGCAAGCUCUUGUAAGGCUUAUGGUAGAUCUGAAUGAGAAAACGUUGGAAAUGAUGGAACGUAAUCGAGACAAGCAAGAACCACGAUUUUGUGAUGUAGUAGCGAUAUUUAAAUUACUUUCCAGUCAACUGACGGAAGCUAGAGAGUUGCUGGAGAAGCGUCCUGUGCAUAAGAGACAAAGAGAUAGUUACGAGCGUAUCCUGAAGUGUGUGACGCAUCUUAUUUACCUGUUGAUAGAAACGGCGAGUUCUGACGAGGAGAAAGCUCUAAUGUAUCAACUAGUCCGUGAUUUAGUGAAGCAAAAUCCAAGAUCUGUUUAUACAGAGGACACACUUCUCCAUCUUUGCGUUUCUAGUUUAAAUACAAUUAAUUCUAGUUAUUUUACAUCUGCCGACGAUAUGCACACAAUUUUCCCACGCUUGGAUGUUGUUAAAUUACUCUUGAGUUGUGGGGCAUACGUGGAUGCUAGAAAUACAUCGCGGUCAACACCUUUACACAUAGCGAGUAACGCAUACAACUUCCGCAACCCUAUAAUAAAAUUGUUGUUGGAUUAUGGCGCGCACUUAGAUACGCCAAAUAGGGCAGGGGAUACACCAGCACGACUGAUAUCCUCUAAUCCGUUAAAUAGAGUUAAUCUCCUUAAUUAUACAAGCCUUCAGUGUCAGGCCGCACAGGCUGUUUGCAAAUAUGGAAUUCGUAGUACGGAACUGCCUAUUACGGUACGUCAUUUCUUAGAACUUCAUAGAGAAUGAUACUGAUAAUAUUCUCAAAUAAUUAUUGGAUGUUUAUUAAGAACAAUCUUGCAACGUAUUUUGUUAUAAUUUCGAAAAGUACGACAAUAUCAAAGGAUUCACAUGUAAUAAUGAUGUAUAUUAAUUAUAAUGAGUUAACUCUCUAAGGCCCGGUUUUUCAUUAUCCAGUUAACUUAUGAUUAAACUUAACCUGAUGUUUUAUCCAACGAGCUUCACCCAUGAUGAAGCUCAUUGGUUAAAAUAUCAGGUUGUUUAACCACAAGUUAACCAGGUAAUGAAAAACCGUACCUAAUUAUAAGUAAAUCCUAGAUGAAAAACGUAAUGUUAUAAAAACUACAAAAUGUAACAUCAAUGUCAAAACUGUAAUUAUAAAGAAAGUACUAUUUUUAGAAUUCUAACACCUGUUAAGUAUGAUCUAAAUUGUAAAUACGAUCGCACGCAGCGUAAAACAUCAAAGUGAAAAGACUGAAUGAGAAAAGAAUGCUUCUGUAAAAACUCAUUUUCUCGAUUAGAUACUUUGCAAUAUGUACAAUAUCGUUUGACAUCCUUCUGUACAGUGACCCGCGUAAUCUAAUUAAGUAUUAAGAAUUCUUGAACAACCAUUCUUAUUGCAAAAUAAUGCUUAAGAGAAAUCUGCACUCAAAAGUUGUGCACGUUAUAUUUAUUUAAAAAAAAUUUCUCUAGAAAGUAAGAAAGAUGAAUAUUGACACUAAUAUGAUGAAUUUUGUGUCAGAUAUAUCAAAGUUUUUCUAGUUCUUUUAGAUAAUCGGAAAUUCUCUAGAUCUUUUUUCUUCAGAAGAUAGCUGUAAAAAAAUAAGAGUAUUAUAUGCAAUAAUUUUGGUUUAUGAUAAAUUAUUUAGUUUAGAAGGAGAUAUAUUAAAAAACUUUUUCAAAAAUAAAUCACAAUUGCUAUGGUGCUUUUUUAUAAAUAUAUAUUUAUCUAAUGGAAAGAUUAUUCAACUAAUUUUUUGAAUAUCAUCCAAUAGCUCCAUUUCUCUAGCUAUUGGAACUGUAAUAGAGUGCCUUUAUAUUCUAUAAUUUAUAAAUAUUAAUACUGCUAAAUGUUUGUUUGUGACUUGGAUGUUGAUGAGAGAUCUAUUAACAUCGUAUCUAAAUAUCAAUCGCUAAGUAUGCAGCACUGUGUUUCAAACAUCUCAGUUUUUCACAUUUACUCAAUUUCUUUUCUACUUGAAAGUUGUCGCAAAUUAAAUUUUACGCUUAUUGUAUCCCAUAUUAAGAAUUUGUAUAGAUUAUGUAGAAAUUAAAGUUUCUACAUAAUCUUAAAUUUGUUUGCAAGAACUUAAUUUUGUUUGCAAGAUUACCUUUAAAUCCUGAUGAUAUAAUGUGAUAUGAUAUACAAAUCGCUAAAAUUAAGUUUCUAUAUUCGAAAAAUUAUUCGUUAGCGCAUUUUUUGUCAAAUUUAUAAUUAUGUUAUAUUGUCAUUAAAAUUUAUUUGUCAAUAUCCAAGUUUUGAUUAUUAAAAUUUUUCAGCUUUGCUCACUUAUUUAUUCUUUCAUGUAUAUAAUUUACAUCUUUAAGCAUGCUUUACAGUUUAAAUUUAUUACUUGUAAUAUGUGAAGAAUAUAAAAACAACAUAAUAUAUAUUUGAAAUACUGAAAAAUUAAUGUUAUAUUGUUAAUGACUACACAACGUUGAUUUAAGAUAUACAUGGUCUGUAUAAAAAGUAAUGAGAUCAAAUUCGGAACAAAGAAUUUAUUGAAGUUAUCGCUACAAAUUGUUAAAAUUCUUCAAAAUAGGACCUUUGGGUGUCGACCCACUUUUGCCAACAAUUUUUUCACGCUUGGAAGGCGUUCUGGAAAUCUUUCAAGCAGCGCGUCGUAGCCGCUUUUACUUCUGCUGAUCCCCAAGCGGUGUCUUUUGAGGGCUGUUUUCACUCGGGGGAACAAGAAAAAGUCUGCCAGGGUCACAUCGAGACUGUAGGAGGGCUGGAGAAGCGUUGCGAUGUCAUUCCGGGCCAGGUAGUCGUUGCCCACAGGUGUAGCUUGGUGCAUUGUCAUGAUGCAGCUUCCAAUUGACUGCAAUGCCUGGCCUCACUCGGUUGAUACUUUCCUUCAAUCUUUUCAGCACUUCCACCUAGAAAACACCCAGAAUUUAAAGACGUAGCGCUGUUCGAUAGAACGUUGUAUUUUUAAGCUGUGACCGAGCCUAUAAACAGGGGUCCAAUAAAAUAACAAUACGAACCGCAUAGAAGCUCGUAGGCGAUUACCGCUAGAUGCAUUUUGAAGGUGACUUUUCCCUCCAUCGAACCCGCCUGGAGCAAGCGCGCUGCGACGUAUAGUCUUGCCACACAAAAAUAGAUCUCAUUACUUUUACAGACUCUGUACAAUGUUAAAAUAAUUAUAAAAAUUGAGCAAUAGAGAUAUUAUAGCAGAAACAAUAUAACACAACGUUUGGAACCAACUUUAAAAACUCAUACUAAAUUAUAAGUUUAUAACAAAAGUGAACUUGCUUUUUAUGCAUUUCAGCAUUUUGUUUAGGAAUGUAAGGAUAUGCCAUAUAAGAUGAUAAAAAUAAACAGCAAUAUUUAUUGACACUUUUUACAUAAAAAUCGUAAAUUUCAGCCAUACUAUGUAACACACGUUUCACAUGUGAGGCUAUCUCAAGUACUUGUUUUCAACAAUAAAAUAUUAUAGUUUAUUGUUUAAAAUUAUGCAAUAUGUGAGCGAGAGAAUUGAUGUAAAAUGGAGAAUAAGUGCUGCGUUAUAUAAAUACACAGUUUUGAAGUUAACAAUGUGAUCAUCCCAAUAUGAUCUGCAUCUGCAAAACUUUUGCAAGGCGAUUGUCAAAAAAAUAUUUAAAUUAUUACAAUUGGCACUUUAUUUAAGCACAUACAUAAAUAUUAAAAAUGUACUCAACGAUUCUCUCACUGUUCGAUAAUGAACGCGACGCAUUGCGUAUGUAAUGUAUGUUGUCUUUUAUAUGCUCACGAUAUCCUAUUCAACUAAUUAACGGUAUACGAAAUAAAAAGUUAUUGCAACAACUUGAGAACA